GUACAACCACACCACCAGAGGUCUCGUGGCAAGCUGCACCAUUGCAGGCCAUCAGUAAUGCAGAUACAGCACACCAACUUGAAGUGGCACACCAACUGCAAGUAGCACAUGUGGCAAGACGAGGUAAUUUGUGAACCAGAAAAAACCAUGCAUUUGCUUUGUGGAAAGCAUUGGGAAAAGUGCACUUGUCACGGUGGUCGUGACAACUGCACUAGCCACCAAGUGAAUGCGUCCAUUAGUCAUCUAUGCACCAUUGCAGGCCAUCAGUAAUGCAGAUACAGCACACCAACUUGAAGUGGCACACCAACUGCAAGUAGCACAUGUGGCAAGACGAGGAGUUUCGACUACAAUCAACAGUGGUGCACAGACAUCUACUGCGGGUACCUCAGAGCACACGGAAGGGGUGUUCCACGAGCUAGUCACCUAUACUACCACAAACAAUGCAGAAUCAGUGUCAGAACUGGCAAUCGUUGCAGCAAUGAUGACAAGCACGCCUGUGCGCACCGGCACAACCAACACUCGAACAGAUGAAACAGCCGCCAAUACUGAAGUGAAUGAUGAAACUGAUGAUAAAACACAAGGGGAAGAAGAAGAGGGACAAUCAGAAAUCAUGCCACCUCAACCACCUUAUGUUGGACAGAGAUUUGGUUCAUUUGAAGAUGCCAAGCAAUACUAUCAGAGAUAUGCGUUGUUCCACGGAUUUGAGGUGAACACGGAAUACCAUAGGAAAUAAAAAAACUAACGAGUACAACAAAGGUGAGGUAAGGUGUUGCAGGGCAUGAAAGGACAAGAAGAGUAAAGGUGUUGUGCAUGUCGUGCCGGAACGAAAGAGAGGCAUCAUUCUCAAGACGGGAUUGCCUGUCAGGAUGAAGCUAAACACAGAUGGAGCUUGGUGGGUGGUCACCGAAUAUGUCGAAGAACACAACCACGAUCUGAUAAAGAAGUUUGACCUAGUAAGAUUUCUGAGCGCCCACAGAGGAUUCAGUCCUCACGAGAAGGAAUUCAUAAAGUUGCUACAUGAUUGUAACGCCAGUCCAUCAAGAAUGGUCCAGAUACUUUCCAUGAUCCACAAAAAAAAUGGAAGUCUGAGUAGCAUGCCCUACAUACCAUCAGACGUCACAAACCUAAAGGCAGAGUACCGCAGAGAGAGCAGAUUGGCUGACUUAGAAGACACGAUCGCCUACUUCGAAGAGAAAGCAAAAGUAGAUCCCGAUUUCUUCUAUAGGAUAUGAUUGGACGAUGAGGACCCGUGUCAGAAACAUGUAUUGGGUGGAUGGUGCGGCAAGAAGAGCCUACAAACAUUUCCGUGAUUGCAUUUCUUUCGAUGUGACAUAUCUCACGAAUAUGUACAAGAUGCCAUGUGCUCCAUUCAUAGGAAUAAAUAACCACAAUCAGUCCUUGCAGUUUGGUUGCGGUCUCAUGCGGAACGAAGAUACUGAUGGUUACACUUGGCUGUUCAAAACCUUCUUAGAGUGCAUGGAUGGACUUGCUCCGAUGAACAUAAUAACAGAACAGGACUUUAGCAUGCGUGCAGGCAUAGAGGAGGUCUUUCCAUUGGCAGUGCAUAGGCGCUGCAGGUGGCAUAUUAUUAAGAAGGCUAAAGAGAGGCUAGGACCAUUCUUUGCUGACCGUCCAGAACUACACAAGGCAUUCGAGUUGUGUGUGGACCACAGCUUGACAGUGGAAGAGUUUGAAUGGAGCUAGACGGCUAUCAUUGAAAAAUACCAAGUCCAAGACAACGAGACACUUAAUAACCUAUGGGACGAGCGGAUGUACUGGGUGCCGGCCUUCUUCAUGCAGUGCUUCUAUCCAUUUUUGCAGACUACGCAACACAGCGAGGGUUUCAAUGCUGUUAUGAAGCGUUACGUGAGCCCUGUCAACUCAUUGCUGCAGUUUGCCAAGCAAUAUUCAGCUUUGCAACAGAAAACACGGGGAUCUGAGCUAUAGUAAGAAGCAAACACCGCACUCAAGCAGCCUAAAUUGCUAACAUAUUUACCGAUGGAGAGGCAGAUGAGCAAGAUAUACACCAACAAGAUAUUUAACAAGUAAGUGAGUGAUCGUAUGGUCUUAUUUGCCAUGUAUGACACGGCACAUUCAACAUUGAAAAUUGCUAAAAAGAAACAUAAAAUGUUGUUUGAUAAAACAAAGAACAAACUCUGCAUGCUUGUUUUAAAAAGGAAGCAAACCAAAAAUAUCUAUAAAUAUGUUUGCCAUGUGUACUGGUUUGAAGCUGUCAUCUAUAGUGAACACAUGAAUGCAAAAGAUGAAAAUGGAAUAAAAACUGAGUAGUUGGAAAACAAAUAAUAGUUGUCGUGUGUUGUGAAAGAAAGUGUAGUUGCCAUUUUGAAUGUGGUGUGGUUGCCAUGUGGGAUGUAGUGUAAUUGCCAUGUAUAGUGCAAUGGUAUUUCACAUGUAAGAUGACCUAAUUUGC